AUGGAGGGAGAUAAAAGCUGGUCAAACUACGAUGAUGAUGGAGCGGUUAGCACCGUCGCGGGCGGUCUGGUUGAGCUCGAGGAGGAUUAUUUUUUCGAUAACGCCAUUGCUGUUGGCAAAAGACGUCCACCGGCAGUGCGUUCGUUUUCGAAAGGCAUUUUGACAGAAAGCAAAAACGCCUUGAGGAAUCAGAGGCUAAAGCGAUUGCUGUUUUUCGUUGCAGGACUCAUUCUGAUUGCGGAACUUAUCUUGAUCGGCAGGAAAACUGCCAAGGUUUUACGGGAUGUUUCCAGUCGACAGCAGGCCACGGAUGAGGAAAAGAGGCAUCUUGAGACCGCGAUAAUUCUCAACGAAGCGUUGAUAAAGCGUGCCAGUGAGAUCGAAGAGCAAAUCCAGCAGCAGCGGGAACAAAUCGCAGAGAUUAAAGCCACACCGAAGUUACAGACAGAGAAGGUGAAAAAACUGACCUUCAAACCUGCAUGGCUGGGAUUCGCGAAGAAAAAGUCUACCAAAUAUGCUCCCGAUUCAUUUUCGCCCGGUUUUGCCAGCGGCAGUACGCAUGAUCCCGAAGUCAGAGAGGUGAAGCCCCCUCUUCUAGACGCUGACGCAUCAGCCAGUGAAGCAACAUCUUCGCGUGCGUCGGAUACCGCGUUCACUUCAAGCAUUGGAGGCAUUAAUGACCCAUUCCGCCAUGUUCUGACCACGAUCAAUGAGCAGAUGAAACUCGUUCGUGAAGAAGAAGACAUCUGGCAACAGAGACGCAGGGAUGCACAUGGAAGAUUAAAAGACCUCAUUAUCUCUCGUCGACCCGAGCAGGGGCCACAUGAGAAAAUUUGGAAGCUCACUGAAGAGAUACAAGUGCCGGGGACUCACCCAGAAGCAAAAGAGUGGCUUGAGGCUUCAGGCAAGAAGGCCACGCAAGCAUUCAAGGCCAUCCGGCGAGAUUAUGUGGAUCCGACAAUGACGCUUUUGUUAGAGGAGGCAGACAGGCGCGUCUGGAAAGAAAUACAGCAACGCCAACAGAGCGUGUUCGAGCUCAGCGGAGCUGAGAAACUUGACGAUAAUACCAUCCCGUAA